CCUCUGCAUCACAUCCUGCUGUCUCCUGUGCAAACCAGGGCUCUUUCUUAGCCUCUCCUUCCUGCUCCCACCUGGUCCCCUGCCCAUUUUAGGGAGAGCAGUACUCACUCAUUGUCAGCUUGACAGUACGUGAUGAUGGUUGCCUUCCACACAGAUCUGUCCAGCAUGACAACGCCUGGUGUGACCACGUUGGAGUUGGCACCUGACUCCCAGCACAGCUCAUACCAAACCCAUUUUCUCUGGCUGAGGAAGGAAGGCAGCUCCAAAAGGAGCCUGGGGUGCCGUGGAGCAGAGAGCGGAACUCGCUGAGUGCCCCCAUGGCCGUGCAGAGGGGAGGGGGCUCUGCUGGGCCUCGGGGAUCCAGACACCUGCUGGGUGGGCACUGUGCCACAGCUGGACACGGUGAUUAAUGCUCUGAUGGCAGCUAAGCCCUUCAGUGAACACGCUUUAAUAUCUGAUACGGGGAAAUCUGCCGGCACCUGCAAACGUGCCUGAGGAUUAGGGGCGGCCACGCCACAAUCAUCCGCGGAUCCUGCCUCAGAUUAAGGUACUGGGCAACCCGACGGUUCCCAAAGCCUUUCCCCCAUCGGAUCCAUAGGGACCCCAGCCAUGAAGGAGGCUCGGAGAUCCAGUGUCACUAAGUUGGGAAAUGCAGUUGAUGCUGAGACCUUCUACAUCCCUCCUGAGGAGCCGUGGUACCGGUUGUGUGGGGCAGACAGAGCUGGCUGCUGGUGGAUCCCACCGGGGCCAAACAGGCACUGCUGCCGCCCUGAGCGAGGGGUGCUGAGGGAGAAUGGAGGCAGAGGAGGAGCGGGGCUGGGGGCCCCAAGCAGGAACACGGCCCAAAAUGCUCCCACGGAGCCAACUGCAACUGAGCACCGGCGAGGAGCAGGAGGGCAGAGAAACACGCCUGAGAGUGGUGCUGAGAGUCCGACCACUAACCUGCACAGAGACGCGUCGGGGUGACCGGCACGCGGUGCACAGCCUGGGCAACGGCACCGUCCAUGUGAGUGCAGCCAGGCACGAUGCCACCUUCACCUUCAGUGCCGUUUUUGAUGCGGGUGCCUCACAGGAGGCCGUCUUUGAGGGCAGCGGCAUGCAGCAGCUGGUGGAGCUGGCAGUGGAAGGCUUCUCCUGCACUGUUUUCGCCUACGGACAGACAGGCUCGGGGAAAACCUACACCCUGAUGGGCCCUCUGGGACAGAGUGAUGCCCCAGGGCUGCUGGGGCUGAUGCAGCGGUCCUUCUCCUGCCUCCUGGAGCACAGCCGUGGCACCGGCCUGGCGCUCAGUGCCUCCUACCUGGAGAUCUACAACGAGCAGGUCAGGGAUCUGCUGAGUGCAGGGCCGCCACGCUCCCUACCCCUGCGCUGGAGCAAAACUCGUGGUUUCUACGUAGAAAACCAGCUCAGCGUGGAGUUUGAGAGCCUGGAGGCUGUCAUCGAGCUGCUCCUGCAAGGUUCCCAAAGGCGACGGACCUCUGCGCACGCCCUCAAUGGGCAUUCGAGCCGCAGCCACGCCAUCCUGACCAUCCACAUCCACAGCCGAGCACCUGGCACCAGCAAGCAGGGCACGCUGUGCUUUGUGGAUCUGGCCGGCAGUGAGCGAGUGAAGGACACCGGCUCCAGCGGGGAGCUCUCCGUGGAGGCCAACAACAUCAACCGCAGCCUCCUGGCCCUGGGACACUGCAUCUCCCUGCUGGCUAAGCCCCGAGGAAAGCGGAUGCACAUCCCCUACCGGGACAGCAAGCUCACCCGGCUGCUGGCCCGCUCACUGGGCGGCUCAGGGGUCACACUGAUGGUCGCCUGCAUCUCCCCAUCCUCGCGCUGCCUCUCAGAGACGCUGAACACUCUGCACUACGCCAGCAGAGCCCGCAGGGUCACCACCAGACCCACGGCCAACAGGGUGCCUCGGGAGAAGCUGCUGCAAACCUUAGAGGAAGAGAUUCGGGCACUGCAGCUGGAGAAUCUCUCCCUGCGGCAGCAGCUCAGCCUGCCCAGGAGCAGGGAGGUGCCAGAGCCUGGUUGGGUGGGCAGGUACAGCCCUGGGGGGCUGAACUGCCCCCCCCUUGAAGGGCAGCUCCCAGCGGAGGGAGCUCCAGCCUGGCCCAGCCUCUAUGGCCUGCUGCGGGACUUUGUGGUGGAAAAUGAGCAGCUCAGGCAGCCCCAGCUGCUCCCAGGCCCCAGCAGUGGUGACAUGCCGACAAUCCCAUCCCACAGCCAGGCCCCACACCGGAGCAUCCACAUCCCACUCAGCCACCCCUCAUGGCCCCGGCACCCCAACAUGAUGCCCACCUCUGCACAUCGGCUGCCGAAGCUGCCUCCUGCCUCCAGCUGCCCCCAGUGCUGCACCAAUGCCACUGUGUCCCAGGGAAGUGCCAGCCUCCCGCUGCCUGCCCAGGAUGAUGGCACCAUGCCCAGCUGUUGGCCGCAGAAGGGAAAGCGGAGCCAGGGCAGGAGCUGGAGCUCACUGCGGCAGCACGCAGUGCCACGGGAUAGCCAGGAGGCAGCAGGCACAGAGGGAAGGGUCGUCCCUUCAGCCCCACCGUGGCCAGGACCACCAGAGCCCAGAGCUGCCGGAGCCAUCCCUGUGCUGCAGUGGGAAGAGGCCUUGGAGUGGCUGGAGGAGCUGAUCUGAGCGCUGCACUCACCGUGAUAGGGACACUUGGGGGACAACGGCGUGCUACAGCGACCGCACAACACACAGACCUCGCCCUGAUGGACAGACAGGCGGACACGGCGCUGGUGGUUUAUUUGGGUCUAGCUAGGUGCCGUGCUGCUGGUGGCCGUGGUGGGGCCUGUUCAGGUGCUCUCCUCAUCGGGCUGCGGGCAGUCCAGCCAGUACUGCGCGAUGGAGCGCGGGUAGCGGGGCUGCACCAGAUCCACGCGCUUGGUGCGCAGGUUGACACGGUAAUACUUGUCUGGGGGGGGGUAAGAAGGAGCUGUCAGACCUCGCUGCCAGCCCCGCGCUGUCCCAAAUCAUCCCCAGUGCCAGGGGGCAACUCUCCUCCAGACUCACCGCCUACAAAGAAGUAGACGCUCUGUAGGGUCUCACACUGCGAUCCUGACAGCCAGUCUCUUUCGGUGUCGGUAGAUUCGGAAUCGUUGUUCAGCCAGCCCCAGAAACCCAAAUUCAGAGUGCGAUGGUUCCUGUACCUCUUGCGGUGGCGACGGGAAUUCCUCCUGCGGGGCUGCCGGGAUGACACGUAGAUCCUGCCGGCCAUGGCAGCAUCCAGUCCGUUGGGAACCCCCCGCCAGUCCCUGCUGAUGAGCCGUGGGCUGCUCGCCCCAACUGCCAGAAAGCAUGAGUUAGAGAGCAGCAACACGUGGGCACCGGCAUCUGGCCCAUAGACAUCCCGCAGUGCCUGCCCCGAGGCACAGGGAUGCUCCAAAGGGUCCCUGGCGCAAUGGGAUCUGCACUGGGAUCUUGCCCAAAUGUAAUGUCUCUAUGAGUGGAUGUGGUGGGGAUGGGUUGGUGUUUGCACCCAGUGAUCUUAGAGGUCUUUUCCAACCUUAAUGAGUCCAUGGUUGUACGAGGGGGCACGGCGGGGAGGGGUUGACCAUUGGACUCGAUGGCCCUGGAGGUCCAUUCCGAAAUUAAAGA